GCGUGCGCGCGCACCAAUGCGCUCACACUCACACACACACACACACCCGGAGCGCUGGAGCUGCAGAGCUGAAUGGAAAGUGUGUGAGCAGUGUGGCUGUAUGGAGUGGAAGAAGGAUGCUUCAGCUCUUUAAAGGACUCUAUCUCUUAUUUAUUUAAUCCUUACUUUUUGUAAUAAACAACAAGAAGACCGCAGCAAUACAAUAAUAAUAAUAAUAAUAAUAACAAUAAUAAUAACAAUAAUGGCCAAGCCGCGUGGGAAUGGAGACGGUGCGGUGAGGUUCAUCUCACCCGCGGCUCUCAGUGACGGAGACAGCGACGUGGACUCGGGGGAAGAAGACCUGAGCCUGGAGGAGAUUUUAACCCUUUACGCUCAGCCCAUAAAUGAAGAACAAGCAUGGGCAGUGUGUUAUCAGUGUUGCCAGUUUCUGAGCCAGUUAAAACGCAGGAUGCGGAAUUCCCAAUCCCAGUCCCAAUCCCAGCCCCAGUCCCAGUCCAGUGUGGAUGUAGCCAGGAAGAUUGAAGGACCAGGAGAUGUGCGGAUCUGUAAAGACGGGACUAUUAAAGUCCAGCCCAGAAACAGCUCAGAUAAACACACACAGCAUAAUUCCUCCACAGAGGUGAUCGAGUCUCUGGGGAUUAUGAUUUAUAAAGCUCUGGACUAUGGGCUGAAGGAGAACGAAGAGCGGGAGCUCAGUCCUCCCCUCGAGCAGCUAAUCGACCUCAUGACCAACAUGGCGGAUACGGAGGUAGAUGCCUGCCCCGACGAGGGCUACGAAGCCACCGAGGAGGAAGACGAGGGAGAAGAAGAGCAGACGGAAGUCUCGGGCAUACGAGGCUACCGAGACAUCAUCACGCUGUGCACAUCCCACCUCCCGAGUUCAUCAGACGCUCCCAACCACUACCAGGCCGUGUGCCGAGCACUGUUCGCUGAGACCAAGGAACUCCGGACCUUCCUGGAAAAGAUCAAGAAUGCCAAAGAGAAUUUGCGGCGCAUGGAGGGAGAAACUCUCGAGGAACCUGUCAGAGACCUGAACGAGCUGCAGAAUGACGAUUGGGCUCGGUUCUGGGUGCAGGUAAUGAGGGACCUGAGAAACGGUGUGAAACUGAAGAAGGUGCAAGAGCGACAAUACAACCCACUGCCCAUCGAGUACCAACUCACUCCCUACGAAAUGCUCAUGGAUGACAUCCGCUCAAAGCGCUACAAGCUCCGCAAAGUCAUGGUGAAUGGGGACAUUCCUCCAAGGUUAAAGAAGAGCGCUCAUGAGGUCAUACUGGAGUUUAUACGUUCCAGACCUCCUCUGAACCCAGUCGCUGCCCGUAAACUGAAGCCUCAUCCUCCAAGACCCCCGAGCCUCCACGAGCGAAUCCUGGAGGAGAUCAAAGCCGAGAGGAAGCUGAGGCCUGUUUCUCCUGAUAUGAUCCGCAGGAACCGGCUCGCAAUGCGAUCACUUAGCAUGUCUGUGAGUUUUGAUUCAUCAGGCGCAGGAAAAAGCAUCAGCACUCCCCAGGACUUGUUCCGAUGCUCAGACACACCGGGUACACCCAGGAAGAAGAUUGCGGUCAGCACACUGGCAUUGGCCGAUGACACGCCACCUUCUCCCAAACCUGCCAAUGGAGCACAGCCACUCUCACAAAGGAAGAAAUUGCUCAAGGCACCAACACUGGCCGAGCUAGCAAGCUCUGACUCUGAAGAGGAGUCUAGCACACACAAAUCAAUCAGCAGCUCCAGCAUAUCCACUUCUAUGGUGGACGACACAUCUCCAGAUUCUGUCAUGGGCAAAAAGACCCCUCCCCGGUUCCUCCCAAUAUCGUCCACACCUCAGCCUGAGCGCCACGUGGCUCCUCAGCGGAGGCACUCCAUUGAGAAGGAGACCCCGACCAGCGUUCGUUCAUUCAUACCUCCUUCUCGCCAGAGCUCCAGAUCUCUGCCACCACAGGAAAAGAAGGAGGAAUUUUGCUACCCUAUGGAGUGUCGGACCCUGACUGUAGAGGAAGUGAUGCACAUCAGACAGGUUCUGGUCAAAGCUGAGCUUGAGAAGUUUCAGCAGUACAAAGAGGUCUACAAUGCUCUGAAGAAAGGAAAGCUUUGUUUUUCCUGUCGGACGAAGAAGUUUUCCUUUUUCAUUUGGUCCUACACCUGUCAGUUCUGCAAAAAACUUGUGUGUUCACAGUGUUGUAAGAAGAUGAAGCUGCCCUCCAAGCCUUAUGCCAUCCUGCCCAUUUACUCUCUCGGAUCCAAUACCCUGCCUAGGAAGGAAGCUGGAGUCACAGCCCAAGUGGAGAAGUCCUCAUCCAACCAGCGCAACAGCUUAAAACCUUCCACAUCCAGACCUUCCAAGCUUGGGGAGUACACCACCUCUAGAGAUGAAGUGGAGCUGCCAAAGGAGCUGACGGAGGACUGGAGCACCAUGGAUGUGUGCGUGGACUGCAAGAAGUUCAUCAACGACAUCAUCUGCUCCAGCAAACGCAGCUUAUCCGUGGCUAGCACACGAUCCUGUCUGAAGCGCAAAACCCAGUCCUUCUACAUGUCUCCUUCCAGAUCCCGUGAUUUUCGUCCCUCAGAACGGACCAUCAAGGAAGUGUAGGAGAAAGCUCUGACUUUGUGGCGGCCAUGUUAGCCAAUACUUUUCACUUAACAAAAUGGUGGAGACUCUGGCCUGGUGCAGUCAUUUAUUCAUUCUGUUUAGUCUUGGAUGAUGACUCAGUGUGUUAUAUAUGGCAGUACAAGAUGUUUACCAGGUGUUAAGAUGGUUGUGUAUGACGAUGGUCAAAACAAUAUCUGUGUAAUGUCUGUAGUUUAUCUCCAGUGCAAAACGUAGCUGGAAGAAUGAGUUCCUGUCCUUUCCUGCUGUCCUAUAUGUCAUCCUAUGGCUCUGGGGAUCAUUUUUCUGUCCCUGUGAGUGAAUGUCUUAACAAAGUGUUGGCAUUUCUAAUGUUUUGGCCAGGCUAUCCAGUACAUCCUGUCUCUUUAGUCUGAUUUCAUCACGGAGAAUGUCUUCCACAUCCAGGAUGAAGACUAGAUGGUGUGAUGGCUACUGUAUUACCAAAUCAAAAGGAUUAUAUCAAAAGAUUUGUAGUUCCUUAGUUUCCUUUUCCAGAGGUGGCUGAAAGAAUGAACUUUUUUCCUUCCUAAACCGCACCAGCCCUGUCCCCCUGUCUCAGGAAAAAAGGAAAAUGUGAAGUUAAACUAUGGAAAUGUAGUUUACCAAAGGCUUCAUAGCCCCUUUUUUUACCAGCUUUUUUCAUAUUCAUAUUCCAGCUGUGCAUGUAACACUGGGAGAAAAGUUACCGAAUGAGACCUGAAUGUAUAUUUUUAUUAGAGAGAACCAUACAGUUGUAUGUAAAUAGUAUGCUGAAGGAUCAGCCCAGACAUGUAAAUAAUGUUUAUUUCCCUGACUCAGGAAUAAAUGAAGUAGACAGACAGGCAGGCAGACCGGGGACUUGGCAGUCUGCCCUCCUUUGCCCAUUUACUUACCAAAUGCUUUUCUCCUCAUUUGGUGUUUGUUUAAACUGCUGCUUUGUUAGUCAAAUGGUUUGAUAACUGCAAAAAAAAUUUCAGGAUAUAUAUUUUUACUUUGGUUUAAUUAUGGUGUUUAAGACUUUAGUUUAAAAAAAAAAAAAAAAAAAAAAAAAAAGUGAGCAAAUUCAUUUCCCAACCUCAGCUUCUUAACAUUUUCUAGGGAUUUGGAUGAAGCUUCUUAAAGAAGAGCUUGCUUGUGCCAAAAUAACUCUCUACAAUCAGAACGUUGUGUUUUGGACCUGCUGUACAUAGUAAAUAUCAUAUGCUGAAGCUGUGAUCAUGCAAUAGGAGAUACAUUUAGCAACCUGAUCUAUCUAAUAUAUUAUCUUGUAACCUCUCAUAAGUUUAUGUUCAUAUAGGUUUAAAAUAAUAUAAUAAUUGUAAUUAUUUUCAUGGUCAAAUAAUUUUGCCAUGUUUUCACAGAAUGCACUUUCACAUGACAGCAAAUGCUGAGUCUGUUGUAUUCAUGUUUUUUUUGUUUUCUUUCUUUGUUUAAAUCUUACCAGUGCCAUGUUACUUUCUGUAACUCGAUAAGUCACUCGGCUUGGUGUGAAGCUGUUUGAUCAGGCGUGAGUAGCUUGAACAGUUAGCCUUUAGGUAUUUUCCUUUCCCUUUCAUCCCUUAAACACACAUGCAGAACAAAAACUGCACCAGUCACAUGUUCUGUUGGCUGAACGCUGUGCAGACGUUCCAGACUGUCGGUUCACUCACUGUAUUGUCUCUCUGUAAAAGAUGAAAAAUGUGCAUGUAAAAUCUAUGGUCCUGAUUUUUUUUUUUUUAUUUAAAAAAGUGAAUUAAUUGAUAAUAAACAUAUUUCAUGUA